AUGGCGGAGUAUGGCCUCUACGGUGCCAUGGUCCGGCACUCUCUUCCUCUCCCGGAAGCCAUCGUCAAGUCUGUCGAAUCCGGAGAUGAGUGCCCCGCCCCCUGGCUCCUAGGUAUGGGUCAGAGUCCGCCAGGGAUGCACCGGAAGAGCCUCGAAGCGGCGCAACAGCUUCAGAAAGUGGAGGAGGGUGAGAAGGACCAAGACGGCGACGCAAAGAGUCAAGAAGAGACGCAAAACCCACACGCAGGAGACGCAGGGGGAGGAGGAGGGGAUUCGCUGAGACCUGGAGGAGGAGGAGGAGGAGGAGUCAGCGACGAAGGGGAAGAUGCAGGAGUGGAAUCGAGCGAGGACGAAGGUGGUAGCGAAGUCGGGUCGCCGGACGAUAAGCAUCCCUCUCAGCCGGAGGAUUUCAGGUCCAGCAGCAUCGCGGCGCUGCGACAGAAAGCGCAGGAACACAGCGCCCGCCUCCUGCAGAACGCCAGCCCCCAUGAUAACACCACCCACGCCCCCACGCCCGCAGACAUGACGCAUGCCUACCUCCAGAGCCUUCAGCAGCACCAUCACCAGCAGCAGCAGCAGCAGCAGCAGCA